GCUGAGCAGCCAUGGCGUACUCCACCGUGCAGCGGGUGGCCCUGGCCUCGGGGCUCGUCCUGGCUGUGUCGCUGCUGCUCCCGAAAGCCUUCCUGUCCCGCGGGAAGCAGCCGCCGCCGCCGCCGGCGCCCGAAGAAACUGCUGUCCUGAGGCACCUCGGCCUGUGCCCAGCCGUGCCUAGCCAUCGGCGUGCAGAGGAGGAGCUGGGUGGAGCCGGAGUGCCUGCAGAAGCCCCUUCCUUUGUCUGGAGGAGUGAAUAUUUCUGCAAGCAGGGAGGGAUCCCAGGUUCCUGAGGCACCUCGGCCUGUGGUGAGUGGCCAGCACAGUCUGCCCAAAUCUCAGACUGUUCCGGACCCCCCAGGCUUCUGGGUGCAGUGAAGUGGAGCAGUGGGUUAGACGCCACUACUGCCGCCUCCCCAUCCCGGCUACACCUGGAGGUCUGUGGAGCUCACCGGGUGGGCGGGCCUACACUACCCCCCCCCCCCCAGCCCAGCCGCGCCUAGCCAUCUGCCUGCAGAGGAGGAGCUGGGCGGAUCCGGAGUGCCCGCAGAAGGCCCUUCCUUUGUCUGGAGGACUGUGGAUAUCUCUGCAAGCAGGGAGGGAUCACAGGCUCCUGAGGCACUGCGGCCUGUGGUGAGUACCCUAACCCGGCUGCGAUUCAAGAGCUGUGGAUCUACCAAGGGGCAGGUGGGCGCACAGUGUCCCUGAGGCCCAGCUUGUCUGGAACCACAGAGUUCUGAACAAGCAGAGGAGGGCCAUUGGUUCUGCAGGCCCAAUGGCCUGGGGUAGAGUGGUGCCAGAGUCUCAGUAGCUGCAAACAUAGAAGGGGAUUUUCAACAGAUCCUGAGGAGGCUUUCAAAUAACACUUGAAACACAGAAAUAUAGGAAAAUGACAAAACGAAAGACCAAAUUACAACCUCAAACCUCCAGCCCAUCUCAGGAAACCCUAGGAGGAAUGUAUUUAGAAGAAAAUAUAUCCCAUCCUCCUCAUAUAUCAGACACAAUAGCUACUGAAGUUGACAAGCAACUCCAGGAAGCUUUAAAGAAAUUCAAACUCGAAAUAAUAUCCCAGAUAAAAGAAGAAAUGAUAAAAGAAAUGAAAGAGAUUCUAAAUAUAUCUAAAGAAAACACAGAUAAAAAAUUGGAGGAACUAAACAAAAAGAUAGAAUCCCUAGAUGAGCAAUAUAAGAAACAAACAGAAUACAUAAUGCAGAUGCACAGAGAUAUACAGGAAAUAAAAAACUCCACUGAAAGUUGUAAAAACCACCUUAAUGAAAGUGAAGAUAGAAUUUCAGACCUUGAAGACAGGAUUGCAGCUAGUGAACAGGAAAGGAAAGAUCUUUUAAAAAUAACAAGGAAUCAGGAAACAACAAUUCAACAACUGCAAGAUGAUGCAAAGAAGACUAACAUAAGAAUGAUAGGGAUUAAUGAAAAAGAAGGAGACAACAUAAAGGAUAUCAAGAGGAUAUUUAGAGAAGCAAUAGCUGAAAACUUCCCAAGCAUGAGAUCAGAAACUGACAUCAGGAUCAGUGAAGCAUAUAGAACUCCAAAUAGUCAUAACCAAAAUAAAACUACACCCAGACAUAUAAUAAUCACCAUCCCAGAAAUCCAACACAAGAAUAGAUUAUUAAAAGCUGUCAGAGAGAAAAGACAGAUCACUUAUAAAGGAAAACCUAUCAGAAUCACAGCAGACUUCUCAUCACAAACAAUAAAGUCAAGAAGAGCAUGGAGUGAAGUAUUCCAGAUCCUAAAGCAAAAUGAUUUCCAACCUAGACUGAUAUAUCCUGCAAAACUAUCAUUUAAAAUAGAUGGUGAAAUACGAUACUUCCAUGACAAAGAACAGCUGAAGAACUUCAUGAACACCAAACCAACCCUGCAAAAAAUAUUGAAAGACAGUUUAGAUACACAAAGAAAAAACCACUAAGCAAAGCAAAUAAUUAAACAGAACAGAAAGAUAAAGAUGCAACAGCAGAGAGAUAAGAUUCCUACAAUUAACCAACAUUUAACAGUAAUAACCAUUAAUGUAAAUGGUCUCAAUGCACCAACCAAAAGAAACAGACUAGCAGAAUGGAUCAAGAAACAAAAUCCAACCAUAUGCUGUUUACAGGAAACCCAUCUAACCCAGAAGGAUACUCACAGACUGAAAGUCAAAGGAUGGAAAACAAUUCUUCAUGCAGCAGGAAUCCAAAAAAAGGCAGGAGUAGCCAUUCUGUUUGCAGACAACGUGAACUUUAAACCAACAAUGACCAUAAAGGAUAAAGAAGGUCACUACAUAUUCGUAAGGGGAAAACUCCAAGAGGAAGAGAUAACUAUCUUAAAUAUAUACACACCAAACUCCAGAGCGCCCAGUUAUAUAAAACAAUUAUUAACAGAAAUGAAAACUCAAAUUAUCAGUAACACAAUUGUAACAGGAGACCUUAAUACACCAUUGACACCAAGGGACAGAUCGACCAAACAGAAAAUGAGUAAAGAAAUAACAGAACUGAAUCAUACUUGUGAACAAAUGGGUUUGAUAGACAUAUACAGAAUGUUCCACCCAACAACAUCAGAAUACACAUUCUUCUCAGCAGUACAUGGAUCAUUUUCUAAAAUAGACCAUAUAUUAGCUCACAGAACAUAUUUAAACAAGUGCAAAAGAGCUGAAAUCAUCCCUUGCAUGUUAUCGGAUCACAGCGCUCUGAAAUUAGAAAUUAACAAUAAAAGAUACUGCAAAAAUCCCACAAACACAUGGAAACUGAAUAACACACUCUUGAGUAAUCAGUGGGUCACAGAAGAAAUUAAAGAAGAAAUCAAACAAUACCUAAAAGAAAAUGAAAAUGCAGAUACAACUUACCGGAAUCUGUGGGAUGCAAUGAAAGCCGUCCUGAGAGGAAAAUUUAUUGCACUGAGUUCCCACAUCAGGAAAACAGAACGAAUACAAAUAAAUAACUUGAUGCUACACCUCAAACAGCUAGAAAAAGAAGAGCAAGUCAAGCCCAAAGCCAAAAGAAGAGUAGAAAUUAUAAAAAUCAGAGCAGAAAUCAAUGCAAUAGAGACUAAGAAAACAAUCCAAAGGAUCAACAAAUCAAAGAGUUCGUUCUUUGAAAGAAUAAAUAAAAUCGAUAAGCCCCUAGCCAACCUUAUUAAAAAAAGGGAAGAAAAAGCUCAAAUUCAUGCAAUAAGAAAUGAAAAAGGAGAAGUCACUACAGACCCAAUAGAAAUACAGAAGAUCAUCAACACCUAUUUCGAAAACCUCUACUCUCAAAAGUUUGAUAACACAGAAGAAAUAGACAGAUUCUUAGAAGCAUAUGAAGUGCCAAAGCUAGAUCAAGAGGAUGUAAAAUUGUUGAAUAACCCAAUCUCGGUUACUGAAAUUGAAAAUGUAAUUAAGUCCUUACCCACCAAGAAGAGCCCAGGCCCUGAUGGAUUCACUGCAGAAUUCUACAAGAAAUGCAAAGAAGACCUAAUGCCGACACUCCUCAAACUAUUCAAUGAAAUUGAAAGGGAAGCAAUCCUUCCUAAGUCAUUCUUGGAAGCAAAUAUCACUCUAGUACCAAAACCUGAGAAAGACCCAACUAAAAAAGAGAACUAUAGACCAAUCUCCCUAAUGAACACAGAUGCAAAAAUCCUCAAUAAAAUAUUGGCAAAUAGGAUCCAGCAAAUCAUCAAGAAGAUUAUGCACCAUGACCAAGUGGGAUUCAUCCCAGGAAUGCAAGGAUGGUUCAACAUACGCAAAUCAAUAAAUGUAAUCCACCAUAUCAAUAAAGCCAAAAAUAAGAAUCACAUGAUCAUUUCUAUUGAUGCAGAAAAAGCCUUCGAUAUGGUCCAACAUUUAUUCAUGAUAAAAACUCUACAGAAAAUUGGAAUAGAUGGUCUUUACCUCAAUAUAAUAAAGGCCAUUUAUGACAAACCAACAGCCAGCAUCAUACUAAAUGGCCAAAAAUUGAAAGCCUUUACUUUAAAAUCAGGCACAAGACAAGGAUGUCCUUUAUCACCACUCCUAUUUAAUAUAGUACUGGAAGUACUAGCCAGAGCAAUUAGGCAAGAGAGAGAAAUAAAAGGGGUAAAGAUAGGAAAAGAAGAAGUUAAGUUGUCAUUAUUUGCAGAUGACAUGAUACUCUACAUAGAAGACCCCCUAAGCUCCAUUGAAAGACUCUUAGAUACAAUAAAUAAAUUCAGUAAUGUGGCUGGAUACAAAAUCAAUACUCAGAAAUCAAUAGCAUUCCUAUACACAAACAACAAAAUCACAGAGAGGGAAAUAAGGGAAACUGGACUAUUCACAUUAGCAAGCAAAAAAAUGAAAUAUUUAGGAAUUACUCUUACGAAAGAAGUGAAAGACUUAUACAGUGAAAACUAUAAUACACUGAAAAAGGAAAUUGAAGAUGAUCUCAGAAAAUGGAAAGACAUCCCUUGCUCAUGGAUAGGAAGAACAAACAUUGUGAAGAUGGCCAUUCUCCCAAAACUCUUAUACAGAUUCAAUGCAAUCCCAAUAGAAAUACCAUCAACAUACCUUAUAGAUCUAGAGAAAUCACUCCUAAAUUUCAUCUGGAACCAGAAGAGACCUAGAAUCGCAAAAGCAAUUCUAAGCAGCAAAGACAAAGCAGGAGGCAUCACAAUCCCUGACUUGAAAUUAUACUACAAAGCAACAGUAGUAAAAUCAACAUGGUAUUGGAAUCAAAACAGAGCUGAAGAUCAAUGGAACAGAUUAGAAGAUACAACCACAACUGCAAACACACUCAACCACCUUAUCUUUGAUAAAGGAGCCAAGCAGGUUCACUGGAAGAACGACAGUCUCUUUAAUAAAUGGUGCUGGAAAAACUGGCUCUCCAUUUGCCGAAAACUAAAGCUAGACCCAUGUCUAUCACCAUGUACUAAAUUAAAAUCUAAAUGGGUCAAAGAUCUGAAUAUUAAAACAGAAACGCUAAAUCUAUUGGAAGACAAAUUGGGUAGAAACCUUGGAGACAUAGGAGUAGGUAGAGAAUUCAUGAACAGGAUUCAAACCGCACGGGAAAUACUUCCCAGAAUCAAUAACUGGGACCACUUCUUAUUAAAAAGUUUCUGCAUGUCAAAAGAAAUCUCCAGCAUAGUGAAAAGAAAACCCACAAACUGGGAAAAGAUUUUAGUGAACUCUCUCUCAGACAAGGGACUCUUGUCUGAAACAUAUAAAGAAUUAAAAAAACUCAGACCUCCAAAAUUCAAAGAUCCAAUCCAAAAAUGGGCAUCUGAGAUGAAUACGCAAUUCUCAGAUGAAGAAAUGCAAGUGGCAAAUAAAUACAUGAAAAAAUGCUCAUCAUCAUUGGUCAUUAGAGAAAUGCAAAUUAAAACCACACUGAGAUACCAUCUCACUCCUGAAAGAAUGGCCAGGAUCAAGAAAACCAACAACAACAAAUGCUGGAGAGGCUGUGGGGAAAAAGGAACUCUCCUGCACUGUUGGUGGGAGUGUAGACUGGUACAGCCUUUGUGGAGGUCUGUCUGGAGGUUUCUCAAAAAGUUGGGACUGGAAAUCCCAUUUAUUCCAGCUAUUCCACUUCUAGGCAUAUUCCCAGAAGAACUGAAAGCAUCAUACCACAGGGAUAUAUGUGCACCUAUGUUUAUAGCAGCACAAUUUGUAAUCGCCAGAUCUUGGAAACAACCCAAGUGUCCAUCAACUGAGGAAUGGAUACAAAAGUUGUGGUAUUUCUAUACAAUGGAGUAUUAUUCAGCUAUAAAGAAGGAUCGCAUUGAGAUAUUUAUCAAUAAAUGGGCGCAGCUUGAGACCAUACUCAUAAGUGAAAUAAAUCAAUCUCGCAUGUAUGAAUACCGAAUAGUUUCCCUAAUGUAAGUAAUGAUUCAAAUUUAUAAAAAUAUGUGACAAUCAUGAUUCCCCAUUAUGUGGCCUUCAAGCCUUAUAAAAUUUUCACUUAUUAAUUAGAAAGGCUUUAUUCUGGGCUUCUCGAUAUGGAAAUAUUUGAAGCUAUAGUAUAUGAAGUUUUAUCCAAAUAUUUUAAGGAAAAAGACAGACACUAUGGUAACUACUAUUCUUUAAAAAAAUUAUUUAGCUAUUUCUUAUGUUUAUUUUAAUUAAGGGAAAAAUUUAAAAAAUUAGGAUAUAUAAUAGUAACUCUUUUCGAUCUCCUAUUAAAUUGUUUUGAAGUCCUGUAAUACUCCCAAGAUCUUGUUUUGACUGAUUAGACUCUGUUCCAUUCUGUGCGAUAGUAGCAAGUCGGAGGGUAUAGGCAACUAAUUUGAAGGCAAUAAGAUUCACAAAGAUGCCCAUUAUGGUUUGACUAUUGUCUCCUUUGGAAGUCCUGUAAUGUUCACAAUGCCUAAGUUUUAUUGGUCUUGUUCUCCACUGUUUUGUCCAACUUUAUAAUAUCUAAUGAGAUAGACAAUUCCUUUUAAGGAAACAAGAGACAACGUUGAUAACCAUUGUUAAUAACCUUGUACUCUGUUCUACACCAUGUGCUAUGUGUAUGCUUGGUUUUGACUUACAGCUUUGUUUUGCCAUAUUUGACUUUAUUCUCUCCCCCCCCCAAAAAAAAGUAAUAAGAACUAAGGAGUAAUAAAAUCCAAAAUGUGUAAAUUUUGUUGUAAAAAAGAGAGGGAGGAAAAAAAAAGAGCUCUAACGGAUAUAACAGCAAGUGUGUUUAGGGGUGUUAAAUAGCUGACUAUAUUAAUGUUUUUGGAUCAUUGAACACAGCUGUUUGAAGUCUCUCUGUUUGAAUGUCUACUUUGUAUUCUUUGAUACUGUGAUUUGAGCAACUAUUUCCAAGAUGAUAAUAUGUAAUCUAUUAACAGGUGAUUUCUUACUGUUAUGUUUUUUUUUUUGUAGUUCUGUAUUAUGUGUAACCUUACACUGCUUUGUUUUGUUUUGUGUUUUUCUCUUUUUCCUCUUAAAUAAAAAAAAAAAAAAGAAACUGCUUAUCUAUGUUUUGUCCAUUUUGUGCUGUCCAGCUGAUAUUUUUUGAAGCAAAUAUAGGGCUUCAUAGGUUUCUGUUGUAUAUCUGUUUAAAUUUGGCCCAGAAUUCUAGUUUGUUAGAAUUGUUUUAUAGCAUUUGUUGUUCUGUUCAGUGUCUUUGUUUACUAUUACUCUCACCUCUUAUGUCAUUCUUUAUUUGAAACAAAAACUUCAUAUUAAAUGGCAUUUUCAAACAUAAAAGCAGAAAAACAGUAAAAUGAAUUCAUAUCACCUUGUUUUACUCUUAUGAUCAAUGUGUCUUUCUAAUAGAUCAUUCAGAUUUUUGAAAAUGUUUCAGUUACUUGAAAUUGCUUUUUGAAUCACAUUAAUCUGUUCCUUUUACAAGUGAAAGGUAAAGACAUAUUCACUAGAAAGGUCAACUUAACUGGUUAUUUCUGGAUCAUGAAAUUAUGAGUCGUUACUAUUUUUUACAUGUUUCUAUACUUCAAUUUUUCAUAGGUAUAGAUUUCUUUUAUAAUAAAAAAUACAUACUAUCUCUUCCUUCCCACAUCUAUGGCAUUCCUAAUAUGGAGGAUCUUUUUUAGAAUCUAUUGAAGAGCUACAACUACUCAGUUCUGUAUAGUUUGGAGAUGCCCCCACCUCUGUUUCUACUGAAUUUAUCACUCCUUGGAACUUACUCUGUUCCUGUAGGAUUGUUGGUUGUUUUCUAUUUAUUCCAGAAUUCGUCCCUAUUGAUAUAAAAUAUGAAAGCAAAACAAAAAUGAAGAAGUUUUGCUCUCUCAGGAUUACAUUUUAUUGAGAUAGGUUGGCUUUUUGCUUACUACAAAUUCCCCUUUUGCUGUUACUGGCAUUUUUGUAAAUCCUUAUUUUGAACUUUGGUGUCUUGGUGUAACUUUUCCCAGUGUUGCCACUCCUUUUUGUUAAUUGCUUCAGGGUGUGUGUGUGUGUGUGUGUGUGUGUCUGUGUACAUGUUCAUCUUUUCCUGUCUUUUUUUAACUGAGAGCCUUGUGCAUGCUAGAAAAGCACUCUACCACUGAGCUACAGCUACCAUUCUCUUUAUUUUUAUUUUGAAACACGGUCUCGUUAAGUUACUGAGGCUACCCUGGAACUUGUAUCCUCCAGCUUCAGUCUCUGGAGGAGCUGAGAUUGCAGGCACCACACCUGGCCUUUUCUGUCCUCUUAUAAGGAUAUCUGUACAUCUUUUUUUCUCCUGUCUUUUAUGUGCACUUGAGAAUUUUUGAAAUGACUAAUCAAAAAUGGGUUAUAAGAGCUUUCUCCUUAGAGUUAUAUACCAUGGAGUGGGUAUGUCUGUCUUCAAAUUCCUCAACUCUGUUUCCCUAAACCUGUACCAUACAGCUCCUACUUCGUUGCUACAAACUAAGAUGGCAUGGUGUGAUUUUCCUGAAGUCCUUUUAUUUCACCAACUAACCCCUUCUUCGGUCAUAUUAGAAGUUCCUUGGCUCACCUUCUAUACCUGUCAUCACAGGCGUAAAAAUAUGAACACACUAGGUUAAUAACUUGUCACUUCUCCACUUUUAGCUGAAUAAGACUUCAAAUAGGUGCCAGAGUAAUUGAGUCUUAUAAGAUGACAGUAUGCUGCUUUUA